CAAUGAAUUUCCGUGCAGAAAAGUUGAAUAUUUGGUUGGGAUUGUGUGUGCAUCACUUCAGUAUGUUAAGAAUUUGAUAAUAAAGAAGAAUAAACAUUUUAUUCAACAUUUGGUUUGAUAUUGCAUCCGUAGACACAUAGGAUAAAACAUUUGACUAAAAUAUAAUUACAACAAAACACUAUAGUUAAACAAAAUCAUGCAAACAUGUAUUUAUUCAUUAGUUGCUCUACUAUUAUUAUUUUUUCUCCCUUCCUACUUUCUACAUAAAGGCUGUUGCAGUGUUCACCAUCCACUGAUGGUGAUUUGGCAUCUGUUGGGGUAUUCAAACAUCACGUAGCUUAUCACCAUGAUGGAUUCUGUGUGCCACACACCUCAAAAAAAUUUGACUUUAAGUGCAGAACUUCGUUCGGUAAUCCACGAGAGAAACAUUUUAACAACAAGGAGCAGAAUGAAAGUACUUUCGGCAUUAGAAAACAUCACAAGAGUGCCUUUAGAGGAGAAACGUAAACAGUUGAGGAACCGUGUUGUCCAGGAACUCCUUACCUCUGAGGCAAGCUACCUACAUCACUUGGAGCUCAUCAUGCAGUUCUUCAUGAUUCCACUGACAGAAAAGCCAUACAUCUCUCAUGCUGUUUACACUGCACUGUUUGGCAAUAUGGAGACAUUGUACAAAGUCAAUGGGGAACUGCUCAACGAACUCAAGAAGAAUCCAGACAAUGUUGCCUCCGCGUUUUUAAAGUUGGCGCCGUUUUUCAAACUGUACUCAGUUUAUGCCUUUGAUUACAGGCAGGCAAUUACGGUGUUACAGGAUGUCCAAAACAGCAACCCUGAGCUCAGCGCUUUCUUUGCAAAUCAAGAAAGCAGACCUGAAGUGGGAACUAAACUAACUGCCUUACUAAUCACCCCUAUUCAAAGGAUUCCUCGUUACUGUUUACUCUUAAAAGAAAUACUGGCGCACACACCUGCAAGUCAUCCAGACUAUGGUGUGCUUCAGCGUUCACUCCACGAGGUGGAGCAAGCUGCAAGGCACAUCAAUAGUCUCGUGCAUGACUACGAGAACAUGCAGAAGAUCUUGGAGCUGCAGCGUAGCUUGUGCGGCAACCAGCCUUGCAUCGUGAGCCCCGGGAGGAAGUUCAUCAAGGAAGGAAUGCUCAUGAAGGUGUCACCCCACGGCAAGAAGGCACACCCGCGCUACUUCGUUCUCUUCAACGACAUGCUGAUGUACUGCAAGCUGCUACGCUCGUCCCCCGCGGAGCCCGGCUCGCUGCGAUGCUCGUGCGUCCUGCCCCUGAAGCAGUGCCGGGUGGUGGAGAUCCUCAGCCAGGGCAUGUUCAAGCUGACCUGCCACCACGAGGCCUUGCUGCUGUACAGUGCGUCCUCGCAGGAGGGGGCUGCCUGGAUCGCGGCCUUGAAGGACGCCGUCAAGCAGUAUCACGAGUGUCGCCAAACUCUUAGAAGAGACAGCAGCUCCAAGCGACCUCUCAGGGGCCAAGAUGUGUUUGACAUGGGUCAGGAUUUCAUCAACUCUCAGACAAAGCGGAGGAAGAUGCAGUCACAUGUAACUGUGGAAGAAGUAUUCCGAGACAAGGAGAAUGCUGUUUCUGAAAAUAACGUGUGCUUAUCCACACCUAAGCGCCAAAGUGGAAUUCAGAAAAAGAUGAGGACUUUGAACUGCAUCCAGGGGGAGAGUGAUGAACAACCAAUGGAUGUGAGUCGGUCCCCGGAGAGUGUCCAGGACAGCUUGUACCCUCUGAGGAGGUCGGUGAGGGACAGUGGACCUCGCUGCAUCAGGAGACACGCUGCUGUGUCGGGCCACUCUGUCGCGGCAGAGAGCUCCCCCGGCACCCCGGAGAGUGCUAGAACCGCCGCCGCCACGCCUGAACAAGCCACGUGGCACAUACGAGGCUACCAGCUGUUCCAGUACGCCGUCUCCAGCGUCAGCCGCUCCAUCCGUAAGCACAUUCUCAGGCGUCCGCCAUCCGCCCCACACUUCGAGUGACCGCACAAUGGUAACUCCUUGUCGAAUACUCGCACAAAGUCCCUGCUUAUUUCCGUAUCAUUCGUGAUUCUUGGCGUGUUGUGGAACUUUCAUUUUCUUAACAGAUUAUGUUUAGAAUGAUUAUGCAAGAGAUCUUUAUUAUUUUAUUUCUUGUGAUGUGGUUUAAAGAAUUAAUGUGUAGUAUAUCUGAAAUUCAAAUUUUUAUUGUAGUUGUAAUAGUUUGAGCAUUUGAAAGUGAUACUGAUUGGUGUAUGUAAGCAAGCAUUUUGUAUGAAUUAACUAUGAUUUAUUUUAAACUGUGGUAUUUUGAGAAAUUUAUUUACAGAGUUUUUAAUACAUUUUUGUAUUAUUGUAUUUUUAUUUCAAAUACUCUAGUUUUUACAUUUUUGAGUGUUGUGCAAAUUAUUUGAGUAUUUUCGAUGUAUUUAUUGCUAUUUUUUAAAAUAAAACUAGUAAUCUCUA